AUGCUGAUCCGUGAUCUGAAAGAUACACCAGAGGGGCUGGAAGAGCUGACCUCCUUGGCAUACUAUGGUCGCCUACGAUUCACGGUGAAUCUCCUUCCACUUCUCGAGCGAACCGCCAAGACAAAUUACCCGGAUGAGCCGUCCAAUCGACGACCUCGAGUCUUCAGCGUCUUAAACGGUGGCAAUGAACGUGCCCUGCCCUUUGUGCCCGAAGAUCUGCAGUCGGAGAAAAGCUACACCAUGCUGAACCACGUUGCCCACACCACCCUAAUGAACACCUUGGCGCUGGAACACCUGGCGCACAAGAAACCCUCCGUGGACUUUGUGCACGAGUCCCCCGGGAAAGUGCAGACGGAAAUCGUGGCUAGUUUCCUUCAAUCCCCGGAGCGCACUCGCUCGAGGCUGGUGCUCUGGAGAUGGCUCAAAGGGAUGCUCAUGCUCGUCUUGCAGGCCGUCCUGCUGCCGGUGUUCUAUGUGGUGGCCAUGCCAUUGGCUGAGUCUGGCGAGCGCCGACUCUACGAAGCAACCGUGGACUUGUCGCAACAAUGGCAGAAGCAGUUGCAGAGCCCCCCACACAAUGGGAUCGUGGCUGCUCCGGGGUUCUAUCGGAUGAAGCACACGUCCGACAUCGUGAUGGACGACACCGUCCUUCAGGCGUACCGGGCGCUAGGCAUGCCGGAGAGAGCCUGGGAACACACGAUGGCGGUUUUCCGGAGCGUGCUGGACAAGGGUAGUGGCAAGAAGUAG